CUCUGCGCGGAAGUGCCUCCGACCUGCGUUGGUAGAGGGGGUGCGGGGCGGCGAGCCGCAGGUUCUGACCAGCCCACCUGUCUCCAGGGGCUAGUGGGUCUGGUUUCGCAGCUAGAAUGAAGCCCAUCAACUUGUCCUUUGCAGCGUGUGGGUUUCUGGGCAUUUACCACUUGGGGGCAGCAUCGGCACUUUGCAAACACGGCGGAAAGCUGCUGAAGGAUGUCAAGGCCUUUGCUGGGGCUUCCGCGGGAUCCUUGGUUGCUUCGGUUCUCCUCACAGCGCCGCAGAAAAUAGAGGAAUGCAACAAGUUUACCUAUGAUUUUGCUGAAGAAAUCCGAAGGCAGUCUUUUGGGGCACUAACACCUGGCUAUGAUUUCAUGGCCCGAUUGAGGAGCGGAGUGGAGUCAGUUCUCCCUGCCAACGCGCACGAGCUGGCCCACGGCCGCCUGCACGUCUCCAUCACCAACAGCAGGACCGGGCGGAACUGCCUGGCCUCCAGCUUUCCCUCCAGGGAGGACCUCGUCCAGGUCCUGCUGGCCAGCAGCUUCCUGCCCAUCUAUGCAGGACUGAAACCAGUGGAAUACAAAGGGCAGAAGUGGGUGGACGGAAGCUUCACCAACAGCCUGCCAAUCCUGCCGGUCGGCCGCACAGUGACCAUCUCCCCAUUCAGUGGGCGACUGGAUGUCUCCCCACAGGAUAAAGGGCGGCUGCAUUUCUACCUUAGCGUCACCAACCAGGAAGUACUGCUGUCGGUGGCAAACUUGGUGAGACUCAACCGGGCCCUCUUCCCACCAAGCAGGAGGACAAUGGAAUCGCUCUAUCAAUGGGGCUUCGAUGACGCCAGCAGGUUUUUACUUAAAGAAAGUUGGUUUGAGUAGGACGCUUACAACUUGUUAAUGGAGAACACAGUUCUUCAGGGAGGUUUCUAAUUAAAUCCUUUUAUAAAAGCCUAUCAUCACUAUCAAUUUUAUUAUGAGUUUUUAUAAUGCUUGCAACUUUUAAAAAUUUUGUUUUGAGGUAUAGCCAAUUUACAACGUUGUGAUGAUUUCAAGUGGACAGCAAAGGGACUCAGCCAUACAUAUGCAUGUAUCCAUUCUCCCCCAGACUCCCCUCCCAUCCAGGCUGCCACAUGACACUGAGCAGAGUUCCCUGUGCUGCACAGCAGGUCCUUGCUGGUUCUCCAUGUUAAAUACAGCAGUGUGUCCACGUCCAUCCCAAACUCUCUAGCUGUCCCUUCCCCCAUCCUUCCCCCUGGGAACCGUAAGGUUAUUACAGAGUAUUGAGCAGAGUUCCCUGUGCUGCACAGCAGGUCCUUGCUGGUUCUCCAUGUUAAACACAGCAGUGUGUCCAUGUCCAUCCCAAACUCCCUAACUGCCUUUUCCCACAUCCUUCCCCCUGGGAACCAUAAGGUUAUUACAGAGUAUUGA